AUGGAAUUAUUUAAAAGAGCUUGUUGUUCAUCAUUUGAGAUAGAAGUAUGUUGUGUUUUAGUUCAUUUGAAUGUUAUCAAAAAUAAAAUAAUAAUAAAAGAAAAUGAAAUUGAUUUAAUAAUAAUAGCUGUACCAAAUAAUCAUCAUUGGUAUACUCAAUUACUAUCAGAUCAAUCUUCAACAUGCAUCUAUACAAUAGCUUAUUUAUCAAAUACAUUUGAAAUGAAACCAAAUACCAUCAUACAUUUUCAUAAUAAUUCUCAUAAAUCAAAUCUAUUCGAUACAGUAACUAAACUUACAUUAACUCAUCAAUUGAUAACAGACAAAUAUCAAUAUGAUUUUACGAAUAUUACUUCAUUAACAUUAAUUAGUUCGGAUGUAGUUAUUAAUGAUUUUUCCGAAUAA